AUGGCCAAGGCCGCCCCCUCCGACUAGCCGAGAAUGGGAGGCGUCUGAGAGCUGCUGGCGGCCACCAUUUCAAGGUCCUGUAGCCGCCCCGACGAAGCCUACUUGGGCCAUGGGCGGCCCCUUGCUCCCAUGCGCUUGCCUUCUCCUGGCUGUCGCGUUGCCCUUCCCGGGAGCGGACGCAUGCCCUUCUUCCUCUUGGAUUUCAUUUGCAAGUAAUUGCUACGCCUUACUUCACACAACGUUGGAGAGUAUUGAUGAUGCUAGAGAGUUCUGUGAAGCCUCUGGAGCCAGCAUCAUUAGCAUAAACAGUAAAGAGGAAAACGCUUUUAUCUUGAAUGCCUUCCACACCCAUUGGCAUGGUCCUGAAUAUAUUUCAUUGGGCAUGUAUUUCGAUACCGAUGAUGAUGUUUUCAAAUGGUACGAUGAAUCUAAAGUAAAUUUUACAAACUGGUUGGAGGAAGGAAACAGCAAUGAGCUCCUGGACACAUGUGCUACAAUGCACACUAUAUCAGGAGGAUGGAGAAAAACCAGCUGUGAACAUCUCCCGCUGACUGAGAUCCUUUGUGAAGCCACUUCUGCGUAUGAACUCAAAUAUUUGCCAGGUAAAAUCUGGACAACAGUCUUAUUAAUAACUUCAACAGUCAUUGUAUCAGUCUCUGCAGCAUUUCUCUGGUUCCUGUACCAAAGGAAGGUUUCUUCUACUACAUCUAUGGUAUACAGUUUCUCCAGACAAGUCCCGUGUAAUGAUGAAGCGAUUCUCAUAGAUGAGGAAAAUGAACAUACAGCCUAAAUUGCAUUAAUUUAUAAAGACAUGACACUAUAAAGGGACAACAGGUUAUCCUGAGAGCAAUCCUACAAGGAAAUCUGCAAAGGGGUGGACAAUAUUCAUCUAAACAUCUUCCGUAUGUAAUGUCAGUUUGAACUGUGCAGUUGUUUUUGUGAAAUGAUUUGAACUUUCUCACAGAAAGCAAUUCCCUGCAUACGAAAGGGUUGUUCCAAAAAUGGAACGUUGUUCUUCUGGAAGAUUAACCAUCGGGGAUGGGGGACAGAAACUGAUGCACCAGGUUUUUUAAAAAUUCUAUUACAAAAAUGCACACGCAAACACACAAGCAGGAACACACAACGUUCACUGAGUGGGGAGGAACCCAUCCUUCCUCCCCUUCUCCACCUCAUCCUCAGUUCCCUCAAAAUCAACACCUGCCCUCAGCUUGCACUCCCACAUCUCAUCUCACAGGCAGACUCACAGAAUGGGGGGUUCUUGCUGACCUGCUUGCUGCCUUGCCUGCCUGUUCACCGUUUUCCCCAUCCAUCGCGUUCCCCACUAGUCUUCUUACCGCCCGUCUGUCCUUCACUCAGUGGGACCACUCUGCUUCCCUUCCCUUCUUACUAGUGCUGUGUCUGCUGGGCUGUUUGCCCUCUCCCCUGCACAUCUCUACAUAGCCAUUCCACCAUUCCCCCCCUUACCACACUUGGCAGAAUCCUGUCUGUUCACAUUAGUCCUGUGAUGCAGUUGAAGCAGGGGUCUACCUCCCUAGGAGUCUGAGAGGUGGUGGCAGCGCCAGAGCUGCCCCUGGUGCUGGGGGUCCCAUUGUGCAUACUGGAGUGACUCCUCCCUCCCUUCUUCUACAUAUGCCCAAACUAGCAUUCCUGUCUUUGGGGAGGGAUUUAAACCUCUCUCCCUGGCUUAUAAUUUUUCAGAUUUUUCUGCAAGCGUGAGUAGAUCCCGCAAGCUUGAAAAAAAUGCCUGUCUUCUGCCAACUUGGCCCCUGUGCUCCAGCUUUAAAUAUCUGCAGAUGAGCCAUGUUGACUAUUAGAUAUAUAUCAACACAUCAAAUAUAUUGGGCAUACAUCCAGUCAUAAGUACCUUACAGUUUUUUCAGUCUCUCCAUCUAAAGCAGUAAUUCUGCAGUACUUAAAAUUGGUAGGGUCGUGUCUGUUGUUUACAGUAACCCGAAUCCAGCAAAAUGUCUAAGUCUUUUGGGGUUUGCCCCGAUUACAGGAGUGGGGAGAACUCUUCCACAUAUAAAGGCGUACAACUAGCGAUUCUUCAUUCUUUACAUUACAAGUCCCUGUGCUGGUCUUACUUUAAACAGUUUACAUGCAUAAAAGAGGAGGUGUUCCAGUUCAGAUCUGCAGCCAGUAUUACAGUAACAAUGGUCUGGGGAAAGAAGGACAGAGACUGCUGUUGAAUUGUCUUGAAUAUUUGGUUGAUUAGAACCAGGGGGUUCCUUCUGUAUCAGUUCACAUCUCCUUGGUUGAACCGGAAGCUGUCAGAAGCACAGUGGGGUGUGGACAAAAAUGCUCAAGCAGGCCCUUUUAUAGGUACCUGCUUCUCUUGCAAAGCCAUCAUCAAUCUUUGAAAUGAUGCAGCAUGCACAUAUUAAAACCACUUGUGUGUUCUACAAGCAUUUCCCUAAUGAACUUUGUAACUGAAAGCCAAUUAUGUCUGUAUUAAGACAGACCGGAGACAGCCAUAAUUAUUGUCUCUGCAAUUUCCACCUAUAUUUUUUAUAGCAUUUUAAUACUUGAAUGUUGUUAAAUAAAGCUUUGUCUUCUACGA